AGAGAAUCUGCGUUCGGUAGCCGUCGUUGGCAUUCGGAAUUUGGAAUCGAAAGAGGGGUAGUUACCGUAGUAGCAGAAGCUGACAUAUCUCGGCGUUGGAGGUGAGGGACGAUACAGGACAGGCAUGCUGCCCACCGUUUCAAAAGGGCGAUUGCCCUCCAGCGGGCGCCACAAUCCCGUGCUUCCUCAAUACCUCAGGAGAAUAGUCAAGUGGCAACAAAUGGAUAUUGAAUACACUUUCUGGCAAAUGUUUCAUCUCUGUACCUCUCCAAAAGUUGUCUAUCAGCAUACUAAGUACCAUAAGCAAACCAAGAACCAGUGGGCACGGGAUGAUCCUGCUUUUGUUGUAAUAUGCAGUUUGCUCUUGGUAGUUGCGACUUCUGCAUAUUGUGUAGCGUAUGAUCGUAAUGUGGCUCAUGCUGUUUUCACAGUUAUCUCUGUCCUGGUUUUUCAUUUCUUGAUUACUGGAGUAAUACUGGCGACUUCUUGUUGGUUCUUGACAAAUGCUUAUCUUCGUGAGGAGGUCGCAAAUAGUCAUGCGGUUGAGCAGCGGGUUGAAUGGCUGUAUGCGUUUGAUGUGCACUGCAACUCGUUCUUCCCACUGUUCAUUAUGCUUUACGUGAUCCAUUAUUUUUUAUCACCAGUCUUGGUUGCACAUGGUUUCAUUCCGGUGUUGCUAUCAAAUUUGUUUUUCAUGGUGGCUGUUUCAUAUUACCACUACCUCAACUUUUUAGGAUAUGAUGUACUGCCCUUUUUGGACAAAACUACCUUUUUCUUGCUCCCGAUUGGCCUUGUCAUUAUUCUUUGCCCUAUCUUGAUUCUCAGUGGCUUCAACCCAACAAGAUACGUUAUGAGCAUCUAUUUCAGUUAACAACUUUGAUGUUGGUGGUAACCCAACAAAGCAUACUGUGAGUGAUGGCUGACACACGUGACUUGGACUGCGGAGUUGGGGUCGCUUUGCUUUCAUGGGAAAUUUAAUUGAUUUUUUUACGUGUAAAAGGGGAAGAACUACAUCAAAAUUACCUAUAAAUCGUUACUUAAUAUUUGAAUCUAUUAGAGUUUGAGCCACAUUGUAGCAUAUGAAGAACAACCAAUAUAUGUUACCCAUUUAGCCC